CCCCCAUCCACUCACACCACACACCACACCACACCACACACCUCCACACCCCCGGUCUUGCCUUUUUCCUCUUUUCCUUCCUCUUCUUUCUAUUUCUCUUUCACACACAUACACAGAGGACAUACACCGCCCACACUUACCACCUUUGAUAAGAAGCAAAGGCCAUCAAUCUCUGUCUUCUUGUCAUUCAUUCUAUCCUUCGUCAACAAGUGCCAACGCUUGCCAUCACCCAGGAACCAAUUCUACAGCAAAGCAGGCAUCGACAGCAGCAUCAGUGCACACCACAACCAAGCGAACCAAAAACUCCAUAUUUUUAAGCAAGAGUCGUCGUCGUCUGCCCCUUUUGCUAUCCGUUUGUUCCGUACCAGAACACACCUACUUCACUUGGCCAGUGCUUGCCUUAUUAUUCGUCUCUCUCUCUCUCUCUCUCUCUCUCUCUCUCAGAAGCAGCAAUGCAACCACCCAUAGAUCAACAACAACAACAACCCACGAGUGCGCUCAUGGGUUUACCCAAUGAGCUUCUACUCUACAUUCUCAAACAGUUUUUGGAAAUUGGUGACUUGUGGCAACUGUUACAAGUGUCCAGGUCCUUUCGCUAUCUCGCAACAUACACAAUCGACAUGCGUUGGCGCAUGGACCUGUCAAAACCAGAAUCGUUCAUGAAAGUGCAAUGUCGAGCAGCAUUGGUUGCCCUGGAAACUUUGUCCUGUCAGCUUUCCACCCAGACCAGAGUGACGCCUUUUGCAUAUCAGACAAGUUACCUCUCCGCUUCUACUACUACUACUACUACGAACAACAACAACAACAACAACAACCCCGCAGCAGCAGCAGCAGCAGCAGCAGCAUCUUCUGUCUCCGCAUCUUCGGGAAUGCCCGAUCCUGCUGCCUCUGCUGCUUCUGCCGCUGCUGGUUUAUUGGACCAACGACGGCCUUCGUCUGCGCGCUCCAUGUCUCCUUAUUAUGACGAUGAAGAAGAUGAACUGAGUGAAGAAGACGAGCUUCACCCUCAACGUUUACUCCUUUUGGAUAGUGGCAGUGGUGAUGGUGCAAACGGCAGCAGCAGUAGCAGCAGCAGUAACCACCCUCACCAUGAAGAAGAAGACGACGAGGACGAAGACGAGGACGAGGACGAAGAAGAUGGAGAAGAAGAAGAAGAAGAGGGACACCAAGAGCAACCACCACCACACCACUCGUCACCUCAUCUUCAUCACCAUUAUCAUUAUCAUCAUCCACAACAAGGAGACAGCAACAACAGCAGCAGCAACAGCAAACUAUUUCACCACCUGAUGCGACGGGAGGAACGGUUGCACCAGCGCAUCGUAUCAGGCAUAUCGUCCUACAAGCACAAAUAUGUCUUGAUUGAAGACAUUGACAUCCGCAACCGGAUCCGGUCCGCCGUCGAUGUCAUCUUCCACCACGCCGUCUUUGUCACCUCGGUCUCUCGUUCGCCUGUGCGCCUCGCCUGCACGCAUGCAAGUUCCAACAACCGUGCCCUGGCCGCCAUGAUGGUCCGCCUGCUGACCCGUUUGGACGUUGCCUUUCCUGCCUGCUGCCGCGAAAUCACAUUUACGUUGGCAGACAACAUCAAGGCGUUUUUAGAAUACACGGGGUAUAAGCUCAUGUUCCUUUCCAAGUCCAACAAAUCAAUGACUCAACAACAAGGAGACGUGCUGUACUCUAUGGUUUUUGGUCCUGCAUGCCAAUCUGCCGCUCUAUGCAACUCGUCAACGACUACGACGACGGCUACAGCGAUUGAUGGUACCGGUAAUGAUAGUCGGUCACGACAUCAACAACAACAACACCAUCAUUUAUCAUUACCAAGAUCAACAUCAUCAUCAUCACACUCGUCGUCAUCGUCAUUACCACCCGUACCGAGUCGACUGCUCGAUACGUUGCACAGUAUAUCGGCCUGCUUUGAUCUAAUGGGCGCAGCAUUCAUUGGCAAGAUCUUGAGCGAAAAUCACGUCGAGUGUGCAGUGCAACGAGCAUGCGAGCUCUUAUCAGACAGCUAUCUACGACCGGUUAAACGCGCUCUGCUGGUGGAUCUAUUGGAAGGUUGGCUAACAAUAAAGCGAGGGUUGGUUGCAAGCGAAUUAUGUCGUUGGGUUCGAACGGAGAUUGAGCGCUGUGAUCAGCAAGCAUCAUCAUCAUCGUCGUCGUCGUCGUCGUCAUUUUCUUCUUUUUCUUCCACUUCUUCUUCAGCAACAGCAGCAACAACAACAACAACAGCUAUGCGAGCAACCUCUUCAUUCCAUCCACCUUUAUCUGAUCUAGUGUCAUUAGCCCAUUUACCAAUGUCAUAGAGGGAAGAAAGUUGAAAGACACAAACCGCAAAAAUAACAUAAAGCCCCUACUGACCCAACACCCACAAAAAAAAAGUGAUACCCUGCAUUUUAUUAUUCGUCCCUUUUGAUUUUUCUUUUUCCAACCCUACUAAACAACCUAUUAAACAUCGUUUCCCUUUCUCUCCCUCUCCUGCCCCUCCCCUUCCAUACUAAUCUCUCUUUAUAUAUUUCCCACUUUGCUGCUUUUCUCAUAUAUGGGCUGCUCGUCUUUCUCUACCAUCUCCUCUUUUUCUUCUUCUUCUUCUUCUUCCUAUACAACAAUGCUCUAUACCAGCAUGAAUAAAAAAAACACAUCCAAUAAAACAA